AUGGGUAAAAAAAGUAAAGGUAAUAAAUUGGCCAAAAUGUCGGAAGAGGAGAGAGCCCGCUAUCUACAAUUACGAGCUGAUAUUGAAGAGGAGGCCCGUCGUCGUAAAAUUCAAUUAAUUGCUUUAUAUAUGAAGAAUAAAUUGAAACGUGAGGAGGCCUUUUGUCGUUUGAAUAUGGCCAAAAUAAAUCAGGAAUGGCGUUGCAUACUGAGAAAAUUGAAAUGUCAGGAAUUGCGUAAUGAAAUCUUGAAUAUGAGAAAAUAUUGUGAUAAUUUAUUGCAACAUAAAGAAAAUGUAAUAAAACGGUUAUUAAAUGAUCUGGAAUUAGCUCAUGGGCAGCACGAUACCGCGGUACAGUCUCAUCUAGAAAUGUUACAGAAAUUCAUAAAUAUUCAGCAACAGAGAUUGAACUAUUUCAAAGAAAAUUAUGACACACAAAAGGAAACGAUGCUGGAAAAUUUCGAAAGCGAUUACGAGAAUUUAAAAAGCUCUACAAAUUGUCAACAAGUGAAAUUAGAAUGUGUCUACUACCAACUGGAAGAAAAAAACCGCAAUGAACAACAAGCCGGUUACGAGAGGUAUCUAGAAAAACUGGAUGAUUUAAAAGCAACGAUGCAAUUGAAAGUCGAAGACAUUGCCGACAAAGGUGAAAAGAAACUCGAACAGCUCUGGCAAACUUACCAGCAAAUUUUAAAUGAUUAUGUUAGCCAUACCGAAGAGUAUUAUGCCGACUACAUAGAUUUGAAAGAGAAAGACGAAGAAUACACUGCCCAAACUCGCGAUUAUUGCCAUGAAAUUGAAGAGGUUAGUAAUGAAGUCGCCAAAGUGAAACUAGUACUGGCUGAUGCUGAAGAUAAAAAUGAAUCUAGAACAAAACAUUUAAAAGAACUUAAGGAUCACUUGGAAGAGAAAUUAAAAAAACUCAAAAAGGACGUAGAUCAAGAAAUACAAGACAAUCAGGAGAAAUUCAAGCUGAUGAGUGUAGUAAGCUAUCAAACGGUUAAGAACUUUAAAAACAUUUACGAGAAAGGCAAGAUCAUUUUGCAAUUGGCCAACGUUUGUCGGAAGCUUGAGACGGAACGAGAAAAAUUAUUUCCAACAGGAUUACCAACGCUUGGCAAAAAACCUUUGUUUGAACAUUCCGAGGAGUGUACACCAUUACAGCAGGAGGAUCUUGAAAAUCACGACUUUUGUAAUUGGUAUUUAAUGGAAAACUUUUGGAAACGCGUAAACAAUGCAAAAAUUGAUGUAGUUUGCUUAGUUGAAAAAAAGAAAUCGUUGCAAUGGGAAAAUCAACAUUUGCGUAGCAACUUACAGGAGCGUUUAGUUAAUUUAAACAUCAGCAAUGGCUCUAACGCACACAUAAACGACUAUUUAACCGAGAGGCCGAGCAGUAUGCGCGUUGAUCGAAUCGAACAUAUAGCAAUCGAUGACCAACCAAAAUGUCACAGUGCUCAUGGUAAUUUGGAGCGGGGACAACGGCGACAACUACAAUCCUUACGUAACACUUGCAUAACUGAGGCAAAUUUCACUAAUGUUGUGCGUACACCGCAGUUAACGAAAGGCAAAUUGAAAUUGGCUCAAAUAAUCAGAAACAAGCAAAAAUAG